AUGGGCAUGCGGACCCAGGCUAAGGCCAUGGUGGCGAAAGUCACCAAGAAGGUCAACAAGACCUUCAAGAAGAAGGUCAAGGUCGCCGUGCCCCAGGACGCCGCCGUUAUCGGGGACAGCGUCGACAUCAAAGUCGACGUCAAGACCGUCAUCGCCGCCGAGGUCGCGAUCGACAAGCCCGUCGUCGAGUACGACAACACCCAGCUCACCGUCGCUACCGCGGUUCGUCCCUCUCCUCUCAAGGAGGCCGGCCCCGUUCGCCGCGACGUCAUCGAGCUCUUCGAGGAGGACAACACUCCCUCGCCACUCGUCUCUUGGGUGAAGCACCAGCUCGAGGCCAUCACCGAGGACGAGGAGGAGCUUGUCGAGGCCGUCAAGGAGGCGAAGACCCCCCUCGUCGACAUCUCCAAGGCCCCCCUCGACGCCGACAUCCAGGUCGCCGCCCCCAAGCCCAACGACAAGGUCGAGGGCACCAAGAUCCCCGCCAAGGAGAUCCCCGCCGACGUCCAACACGUUGGCACCACCGCCACGCCCACCGACAAGGUCGAGGGCAAGACUAUUGGCGCCUCCGAGGCCGCCGACACCGAGGCCUUUGUCAAGGACAAGGCCCACACCGCCGCCACGGGCGUCCACGCCGUUGACGCCGUCGGCAUCAAGUACCCCGCUGUUGCGGGCGACAGCCUCGACCAGCUCUUCGAGAGCCUCUUUUCCCUCUGCGCACCGGUCGCCGAGGCCGCCGACCUCACCGCCACCGAGCUCACCGCCACCGAGGAGGACCUCGAGGACUCGAACGAGCUGCUCGAGCAGCUUCUCGCUUGGUGCGCCCCACCUGUGGCAGAGGACCCCGCUGCCGCCGCCCUGGACCUCGACAAGAUCUUCUCGUCGCUGCUUAUCGAGUGCGGCGAGGUCGACGCCGUCGCCGCGCUUCUCGGCCCUCUCCCUGUCCCUCCCACCGCCGCCGACACCGCCGCCCUCGUCCUCAAGGAUGUCCCUUCCGUGCGCCGUGAGUGCCCCAGCAGGGCCGCCGCCAAGGACGUCAUUUUGGUCGCAGCCGCCCCCGACCUCGCACUCUCUCGCGCCCCCGCAACGACGACCCCGGCCCCAACUCGAAGCCUGGAGUUCCCCCGAUGGGACGCUACUGCCACUACCGGGGUCAAUGUUGCGGUCGCGGUGGAAGAGGCACUGGCGGUGAGCAGAGCUCGUCACCAUGAGGAGCUCGAGCGCCUCGAGGCUCGGCACCGAGCGCAGAUCGCCGACAUCGUGGCAUCCCAGAGGCGGGCGGUGGACGCGCUGCAAGCCAAGAUCCAGGAGCUGGAGGCCGCCUAUGCCAACCUCGAGGAGGAGAUGGAGAUGGAGAAGGAGGGCAGCGACUUGGUGAAGGCCCGGGCGGACGAAGCGGAGACAAUGGCCCUCAGCGCCAUUGCGAGCAAGACGGAGGCCGAGGCGGCCUGGCGCGCCGAGAAGCAGGCCAACGAGUCCUUGGCUGCUGAGCUGUCUGCAAGCUUCGCAGCUCGCGCACAAGAGCGCAAGAAGGCGCAAGCACGUGUGCAGCGCUACAAGAGCGACUCGACUGCGAGGUGUGAUCAGCUGAUUGCGCUCAACGACGAAGUUCUCGAUCUGAAGGGCGCCCUCGCUGCCGAAAGGAUCGACAAGGGGGCUCUGCUCGCUCUACUCGCUACCAAGGGCACGGAGACGGCCUCGACGCGCCAACCGCCGACCCCGAGACCGACGCCUAGCCCCGAGGGCUCCGCCACUAUGUUCCCUACGGCGGUCAGCACCACCACGGACGGCACCGGCGCGGACGGCGAGACGAGUGUCUUGGAGGGUGGCAAGAGAGCGGAGGAGAGGAGGGAGAGGCGGACUUCAGGACUGGAACCGCUACGUCUCCCAGCCAUUGUGCAGGGGCGGCCCACCAGGGAGCGCAGGGCUUCCUCCAUCGUCUAG